UGCGCGAACAAAGGAAGAUAAGUAGCAUCCGUAGCUCGAAAGUUUACACGUGUAAAAAGCCGCCAAAUCUGGAAAAAAGUGCCAUGUUGGCAAAAGUUUUUUGGGAAUGCUACGUGGAACAAAUCACCUUGUCCGCGAAAGAUCUGCUUGGAAUGCCACGCGGAAUAUGUUUAAGGUUCAAUUGGCCCGGACUCUGACUUGGUAGAAGUUCAUAGAGCUCUCUGCUGGCCCCUGCUGGCUUCAGGACACACACACCAGUUUUUGUGGGUUUCUUAUUGGAGACACGUCAGGGAAUUCUGAGUCUUGGGUUUUCUUCCGCAUUAGCCCAUUUGAUUGGAAACAACACUGUAUUAAACUUUUGCCCUCUUGCUGGUUGGUGUGGAUGUGGUCUCUGUGGCGUCUCUGUUAGAUCUGCUGACUAAUUUAUAGCACUUUCUUUCUUCUCUGGCUAUUGUAACUAAGAUUCAGGAGAUGGAAGAGUCUACUGUGAAAAAUGAAAGGAGAACGAUGGCUCCAGGGAGGAAUAAAAGAAGGUCAAGUUCUUCGCCAUCUGCCGAUUUUGAAGGGAGUAAUUGUGAGCUUGUGAAAAUUGAGCUGGAUGCAGCCUAUACACUGGCAGAGUUUGCUCAGGUGGUUCAAAGGAAUGGUGAAGGACGUUUAGUAAAGCAAUGGGGAAGGAAGGGGAGGAGGAGGAGGAAAUCCUACAAGACUGGUUCAAGGAGUGAUAGGUCAAGUUCACAACUUUCUGUUACAGUUAAGGAAGAGUGCCACCCAGAAGUUGCAGAGAAUCCGUUGGAAAUAUGCUCGACAAAUCAACAAGCAGCCAAGUCUUGCGCUGCUGAGAAGGAAGAAUCGGAUGGUAAAUCCCCAAAUACAUGCCAUUCUGUUCAGCUGAAAAAUGUAAAAUAUGAGCCAAUGUAUGAUAUACCAAAUGUGCAACCUAAAAUAUCAGUUCUUGUAUAUCGGCAUGGGAACAAGCUUAGACAGCCUUUGACUGAGAUUGAGAAAGAAGCUCGAAGACUUCGUAGGGUUCAAGCAAAUAGGGAAUCGGCAAGGAAGACGAUACGCCGAAAGCAGGCCUUACGUGAUGAGCUAAGUCAAAAGGCUGUUCAGCUUGCACAUGAGAAUGAAACUAUAAAGCAGAAAACGGAGCUGUUUAUGCAGGAGUACAACUCUUUAAAAGAUAGAAACAAGCAACUCAAAGAACAGGUUUACACAAUGCAGAUGUCCUCAACUUCAAGGGACCAAGUGCACAAAACUCCAGUGGAUUCUAAAGUAUCACACAUUCAGACUACAGAUUUACCAUCAAAGCAAACACCUAACAAUGAAACGCCUUUGCCCCCAUUUCUUUGGGCAUCUGCCUUUAUACAGGCUUCAAGUGCUACUCAAACAUUAGCUACUGAAAAUAAGCAGCAUGUAAUACCCAUGGAAAAUAAUACACUUCCAACAACAUAUAGAAACAUGAUGCCCAAUUUUUGCACAGACCCUUAUGGAAACAGCCAAUCACAUGUGCCUCCACUCGUCCUCCCUUACAUGCUACCAUUUUCUCUAGGUGUUCAACCUUUUGCAUUACAUGCUAAAAACCCUCCUCCUACUGCAAUAACAGCUUGUGCUUCCUCAGCAUGCGAGAGUGGAUCAGAUACAUAUGUCAGAGCAGAUGGAAAUAAUAUUUUAGUGGAAGCUAAGGCAGAGAGAAUGCCUGAAUCAAGGGAUCUGGAUAGUCCUAAAAAUCAAAUGCUUCAAGGAAGCUCCAUUGACAACCCUUGGCAAAAACCAGACAUAAAGCCUCAAACUCGUAUGUUUGGAACGGCAAUUUCAGUUUUACCAAUCAACAUUUCAUCAAGCUCUAUAACAUUAUCAAAUGAGAAUGAGGUUCAUUAUGGUGGUAUCCCAUAUAAUAAGCAUACAUUAAAUCACUCAGGACAUUGGUCUUCACAAUCAAAAGAACUACCUAAUCCACAAAUUUGUCACAGCCUCCCAAAUAUGGGGAGAAACUUGCCAACUUGUGUGCAAGAAGAUUCCUUAUAUUUGGAAAAAAGACUCAUGGGAGCUGCAGCGGCAUCUGAUGCAAGGAAGAGAAGGAAAGAGCUUACAAGAAGUAAACAUAUUCAAGCUCGGCAACUUAAGUUGCACUGUUGACAACAUGGCAUUUGAAAUUUUGUAGAAAUUUUUAUUCCUUUUUUCUAUAAUUAAUUUUUGGCUCGAUAUUUCAAUUUUAUAGGAUGGAAGAAAUUACUACUGCA